UCAAGUCGACCGCAACCCAAUGUUAUUUUAUGUGUGACAAACCUAGAAGUCACUGGGAGAAUCUGUUUUUUUUUAAUUGUCCCCUGAAGUGACAGAUAAUGAUUAGUGUAAUGGUGAAAGUAUAGUUUAGGCCUUAGGGGAACAGUGGCGUUUCCUCGCUUGUACUAUUUCACGCAUUCACUGUUCUUCUCCGUCACUAUUAUCAUAAAAUAGCUCAAGUCGCAUCGAUCGCAUUGAUACAGUCACCAUAUGUACACAUACGUAUGUACAUUAUGGAUUGCAAUCGUUUACGUGCGGCAAGACAGAUAAGGUGUGUCAAGGUGGUGUAUAGGAGCGAUUGAGGCUCGCCGCUUUUUAGGCGAGCCCGAGGAAGAGCGAAGGCAAGAGGGGACGUAAGAAAGAGAAAGAGAGAGAGAGAGAGGGGAAGAAUUAAGACAGUGCGGCGAGCGAGACGUAUGUACGGGUUUAUCGCUGACACGAUCGUGUGUGACACAUAAAACGUGGACGUCGUGAGGCGCGGCGCGCGGACCACCGCCCGGUGAUUAUUCAAUCAUGCCCAAUUCGGCGCGGGUCACUCGGGCCGAUUGUGAGGAUCGUGAUCCAACAGCGGCAGCGACGGCGGUGUCGACGGCAGUCGUGGUCACCGCGUGAAAUAUAUUCUCCUUCUCUCUUGAGGUGCAAAUUCCACGAGACGCUCGUUUUAGCGUUGGGACCAUGGCACACGGAAAAACUUGAGCAGUAAGACGUGAGCGGUGAAGAAGUCAACAUGCUGGAUUUUUGGUAGUCACGUGACUUCGACGCUAGCGUCGAAAAAGAAGCUGGAUUUUCUCAAGCUUCAGCGUCAAGGGCUGUUGUUGUUUUGUCUUGGACGUUUUAAGAAACGAAUGAUACGAUUGACGUUAAACUUGAUGUUGCUCUUCGUGCGAGCAAACUUAUGAUCACGUAAUUUUGACGCUAAAAAAAUGAGCGUCGAACAUUCUUCCGCACACACGUACGUGUACUUGUAUCGUAACACCGCGCGUCGUGCGUGUGUGUAACGCACAGCGGCGUUAUAACGGUAUACAUGCGAAUACACGUAGGUUUGACAGUACGGGAUCGAUUGGGAAGAAAAAAAUCGCAUUGGCCAGCGGCGCGAGAGCGUGCACUGAUUUGCGAGCUUGCACCCGCUCGGUGUCGGGCGCGUCAACGAGGUCCGCUUGAUAGUGUAAGUAGUCGUAACAACGGGCGCUGCUGGUGAUGGUGUGUGUGUGAUAUCGCACGCAUUCCGGCCGGUUACGCCUGCCCGAGAAAUGCGGUUCUGAAUCGGCGAUUUCCGAUCGGGGCUUACACGCUUUCGCGGGGUGGGUGGACGACAGUCCCCCCCGGAGGGGAGGAAGAGGAGGAGGAGGUGCGACUCGAGUAUACGUACGCGAAUCGCCGUGUUGCCAGCGCGCGCGCGCCCGCCUUCGAUCGUUCUGUUUGUAUGCACCUCUUCGUCGGUUUGUUGUCAAGACGGCGCAGCUAGGCGAAGGCGAGGAACGUCCUCGGGGUGAGAAGGAAAGCGAGGAGAGGCCGGGAAGGAGGAAGAAAAGUGGCGGCGACGAAGGAAGUGGGAUAAGAGAAAGACGGAGAGUGAGAGUGAAUGAGAGAGAGAAAGAGAGAGAGAGAGGCAGGGUGGCAAGAUGGCGAGCUCCUUAACGUGGUCGUGUUGCCUGCGUUUUAAAUUCAGCCCGGAGGAGAUCGAGCAGCGUUACAAGAGCCAGGAGAUCGACCGGAUGCUGGAGAAGGACCGGCAGACGUUUCGCCGGCAGGUCAAGCUGCUGCUGCUCGGCGCGGGGGAGAGCGGCAAGUCGACAUUCCUCAAGCAGAUGCGGAUCAUUCAUGGGAUCAAGUUCGAGCCCGAACUAAUUAAGGAAUACCAACAUGUGAUCUAUCAGAAUAUAAUAAAGGGUAUGAAGGUUCUAGUAGAUGCACGAGAUAAACUGAAUAUUCCUUGGGAGAAUCCAAAGAAUUAUGAUAUUGGUUUUCAAUUACUCAAAUUUGAGAACUCUAUGAUACUGGACACGAAAUUAUUUGUACAUUAUGUGCCAGCAUUGCAAAGUUUGUGGAAGGAUGCGUCGAUUAGAAGAGCAUUCGAUAGGCGAAGAGAAUUCCAAUUAAGUGAUUCUGUCCAAUACUUCUUGGAUAAUCUCGAUAGGAUUGCAAGAGUGGACUAUACACCUACACACCAGGAUAUUCUACACUGUAGAAAGGCGACAAAAGGAAUUUCCGAAUUUGUAAUACCGAUUAAUAACAUCCCAUUUCUCUUCGUUGAUGUUGGCGGUCAAAGAUCUCAAAGGCAAAAAUGGUACCAAUGCUUUGACUGCGUGACGUCUAUACUUUUUCUCGUAUCAUCGUCGGAAUUUGACCAGGUCUUGUUGGAAGAUAGGAGGACUAACAGAUUGGAAGAAUCUAAGAAUAUAUUUGAUACAAUCGUGAAUAACAUGAUAUUUUGUGGUGUGUCCAUAAUUUUGUUUCUAAACAAAACGGAUUUGCUUGAUAAGAAAGUGAGGUCACAGGAUACAAAUGUCCGUUUGUAUUUUCCACAAUUUACGGGUGAUCCACAUUCCAUGAAGGACGUGCAAAAUUUUAUCCUCGAUAUGUUUGUCUCGGUCAAGAGAGAUCCACGAAAGCCGUUAUUUCAUCAUUUCACCACUGCGGUGGACACAGAAAAUAUUAAAGUCGUCUUUAAUGCUGUGAAAGAUACUAUUCUGCAUCGCAACUUAGAGUCCCUUAUGCUUCAAUAAUGUAGAAGCAAUGUAAAAACCCAGAAAGCAGCUAGUAAAACAAAGGUAUGCGUCAGAAAUUUAACACAUUUAAUAUAUUAUUAAUCCAAUCUGUAGUUUUUGAAGAAUAUUGCAAUAUAUACUAGGUCAAAACACAUUUUGAUAAGACAAUAUAUAUACGGAUAUACGACUUUUGAAUAUUUACCUUCAUAUAUAGAUACAUUUAUAGUAAAGAGGAAAAAACUGCCUAAUGUAAAGAUGUAUAUUAAACAAAUUUGACUUUAUAUACACUAUAUGCGUGUGCAUGUUUAUAUU